AUGUCUCACUCCCACUCUCACGACCACGGCGUAAGCCAUUCCCACGAUGACCCAUUCGGAGGCCACGGCCACUCCCACGAGAUCCUCGACGGGCCGGGCUCGUACCUGCAUCGCGAGAUGCCAUUGAUCGAAGGCCGGGACUGGAAAGACCGUGCCUUUACCAUCGGUAUUGGAGGACCAGUGGGGUCCGGCAAGACGGCGCUGAUGCUCGCGCUCUGCCACGCCCUGCGAGACCAGUAUAACAUUGCCGCUGUGACGAAUGAUAUUUUCACCCG